UUCUUUCUGUUGGAAACAUGGGUACAAGCAUAUUGUGAGGUGUUAUCUUUUUUCUUUCAAGACAAUAAACUGGUCGAAAAGCUAUUAAGGUUUAGUAAUCUACUGGAACGAAGCAAAUAGUUCUGUGUAUACAGUAGUACUUUUAUUGAAUAAGGCUUCACUCACUCCUUAAGAGUCAGGAAGAUGUUGUAGCCUUUGAUUUAUAGACCAGGUUGUAGAAAGAGUGAGCUUUUAAAAAAAUUUUUGAAGUUUCAUUAAGCAAGUCCUGUAUCCUUAAUAUGCCAUACCUAUGAGUUGUUCACCUUUCCCUUGGUUUAUCAGAACUAAUGUUCAAAUGCAAGUGCUCAACUAUAGUAGAGCAAAUAGCUAAAUCCCGUGGCCUUCUGAACUCAGGUGUAGGAUUCCCAAAUCCUGAUUCCUAAUAUUCUUUUUCUGUCUAGCAAAUAAAUAGGUAAACUACUGGCAACAUGUCAUGUCUCCAACCACUGGCUGGCUCACAGAGGAUAGCUGCCUCCUGCUGCUUUCAUUUACUCCUUUAGCUCAAGGGGUAGAGGCCUGUGCCAUGGAUCUAAAGCUCCAGAUCCCAUUCCUGCUGGUGACCCGUACAGGGGACUGGAAAAAGAGCAUUUUAUGUUGGUGAUCUUGGAAAGCUUGUAAAGAAGAACAUACAAUGGCAGAACAUGAUGGCACCAAUAAAACCAUUUUAUCCUGUAAGAUGCAAUUCUACUCCAGGUGUACUUGAAAUUUUGGGAACGCUUGGUGUUGGAUUUGCAUGUUCCAGUAAAUCUGAAAUGGCAUUGGUACAAGACCUGGGCAUUUCUCCUGAAAACAUUAUAUAUACAAAUCCUUGCAAGCAAGCUUCUCAGAUAAAAUAUGCAGCGAAAGCUGGGAUAAACAUCAUGACUUGUGACAGUGAUAUUGAGCUGAAGAAAAUUGCACGUAACCAUCCAAAUGCUAAGCUCUUACUGCACAUUGCCACAGAAGACAUUAAUGCUGAUGAGGAGAUGAAUAUGAAGUUUGGCACCACCCUGAAGAACUGUAGGCACCUCAUGGAAUGUGCUAAGGAGUUGGGAGUCCAAAUAGUUGGUGUCAAAUUUCAUGUUUCGGGCUUUUGCAAGGAAUUGCAGACGUACAUUCAUGCUAUAUCUGAUGCUCGGUGUGUGUUUGACAUGGCUGAAGAAUUUGGCUUUAAGAUGAACAUGUUGGAUAUUGGUGGGGGCUUCACAGGUUCAGAGCUUCAGCUGGAAGAGGUUAAUCAUGUCAUCAGGCCAUUGCUGGAUGUCUACUUUCCUAAGGAAUCGGGUGUUGAUGUGAUUGCAGAGCCUGGGUGUUACUAUGUUUCAUCUGCAUUUACACUAGUAGUUAACAUCAUUGCAAAGAAGACUGUUGAGUAUGAUAAACUUCUUCCUUCUGGAGUGGAGCAAACCAGGAAUGAUGAUGAACCAGUAUUUAUGUAUUACAUAAAUGAUGGUGUUUAUGGUUCUUUUGCAAGUAAAUUGUCUGAGAAACUGAAUACUAUCCCAGAGGUUCACAAGAAAUACAAGGAAGAUGAGCCUCUGUUUGCAAGCAGCCUUUGGGGUCCAUCCUGUGAUGAGCUUGAUCAAAUUGUGGAAAACUGUCUUCUUCCUGAACUGAGCGUUGGAGAUUGGCUGAUCUUUGGUAAUAUGGGUUCUGGUACCUUAGGUGAACAGUCUACCUUUAACGACUAUCAGAGGCCACUGAUUUACUACAUGAUGUCUUUCAGUGACUGGGACGAGAUGCAAGAUGCUGGAAUUGCUUCAGACACAUUGAUGAAGAAUUUCUUCUUUGUGCCUUCUUGCAUUCAGCUGAGCCCAGAAGACCGCUUUUCCACUGCAGCUUAAACAGGCAUUAACGCUUCAUUUAGACCUGCAGUUGCAAGUCUGUAGUUUGUCUGGUCAACAUUCCAGUGUGGAAGAAAUGGAACAAUCUUGAAUUCAAUUCAUUCUCUUCAAAACUUGAAAAAUUAGUAAUAGCUAAUGGGGACCAGGCAAAACAAGCUACAGAUACAAUUCACUGGGGGGUGGGAGGGUUAGAUAAUGGUGUCCAAAUUUAAAAUCAAGUUCAUUUAACCCCUGAGCGUUUAAAUAUGCAACAAAAUGGAUGACUUAGUGGAGAUGGAAACCCAUCACUUGGGUUCUUCAACAGUUUACAUACAAGUACACAGUUUUUAUACUAAGGAUUCCUGUUAGAAAAGUCUUGUAAAGUUAUUGUCUUUCGCCCAGAUAUAUCAAAUGUCAGUGGGAGACCAGUGUGACUUCAUUAGAUGUUUAGUGUAUUUAGAAUGUGUAAAUUUGUGCUUUGAACUGUAGUUUAAUAAAUGUAAAAUUGCAUCAUAGUAUUUGUUGUAUUUGACCCUUGAUGUAUCCCUUGUAUGAUUGCAAUAAAACUUUGUGUAGAUUUUACUGUUUUUCAGGCUAACUUUGGGAGGGGCUAGGCAGAAGAGGUAGCUAUAAAAUAGAUGUAUACAUGAUUGUUUUGAGAAGCCUUCUUUUCUCUAGCCCAUUAUUUCAGCUUUGUAUUAAACCGUAAAAAAUGUAAGAUAGAUAAACCUGUGUGCAGUGAAAGUUGUUAAGUUCCUGGAAGGCUAAAAGGUAAUUUGUGGUGUACUUUAGGUUCAGUUCUUAACACCAAGCAGCAAACCUGCAGUAGAUACGGAUGUGUCCAGAAGAGGUAGUCUUCUAGCUAACGUGCAUGUGCCUGAGGCAGCAUGGGUUAGUCCUGCUUUGCAAGUUGUCCCAGAACCUUUAGCUCUGCUUUCUCAUGGCAUUUAUUGAAGAGUCUAACCUUCACCUACUUCUGUAUAGCACUUGCUCCUAAGAGAAGGGCUAUGCCAGUCUUCAGAAUCCUCAGUGCUCUCUUGUGCUGGACUUCAUUUAAAUAUAUCCACAAAGUGUAAAGGUAAAGCACACUAUUAGAAGUUAACUGGAACUGCUGAAAGUAUUCAGAGAACUUCUUUAUUAUGGAGCCUCUUGACUUCUUCAAGGUUCUUUUCUUACUUGCUCAUUUUAACUUCCCUCACUUGAAAACUGGGGGAAGGAGAAGGGGUGUCAGGGCUUUGAAAUGGUGCAUUGGGCUCUGCAUCCUGCAGUCAAAGGAGACUUCUAUCCCUUUCAUUGGAGGUAAAAUUUCUACCUAUUGGGUGCAAGUGUAAUCUUACACGAGUGCCAACUGGUUGGAAAUUGUAACUUCUGGCUCUGUAAAGCAAAGAUUUCAUGAAGCUUGAUGAAUUUUUACUUUAAAGAAAACUCUGAAUUUGGACUCAACUUGUCAGAACAGUUUUACAGGCCAGCUGAAAGAGGUACAAAAUGGCUUAUGUUUUGAAGAUAGUCUAUUAUUACUGGAUUUAAAUGUGGAAGUAGGAAAGGGAGUAAAUAAUGGUAACAGGAAAGCUGUUUUGUUGGUUUGGGGUUUUUUUUAAUCUGAAGUCACUAGCUGUCCCCAUGUUUCAAGAAGUGAGAUGUACUUCAUUUUCAGUCUAGCAGUUGAGGUUUUUCUCUAGACAAAACACACUGCUGCAUGCUUUUUGACUAAGUACAAAUUACAAUUGCCUAAAAUUUAACAGGAUUCUGUUAUGCAGUCUUAAGGAGAGCUGUUUCAUGUUAACUUACAAAUCAGUUGAAAAGAAUUCCUCUAUAAAUGAUAGUGGGCAGAGCAGAAAUAUUCAUUGUAUUUGAAGACAGUUUGCCAUUAAAAACAACGUUGAGUUUGAA